AUGUUCGAGAAAAGUCUGCAGGAUGUUGUCAAGGGCAUCCGCGCCAACAAGCGAGAUCCUUCCGAUUACAUCUCGGCAACAAUCGCGGAGAUCAAAGUGGAGCUCAGGAGCUCGGAUGCCUUCAUCAAAGCGCAAGCGAUUCGUAAGCUGACGUAUCUGCAGAUGCUGGGCUACGACAUGAGUUGGGCGGCAUUCUACGUCAUCGAGGUGAUGACCAUGCCCCGGUUUGCGCACAAGCGAGUCGGAUACCUGGCGGCUAACCAAUGCUUCACGGAGGACACGGAGGUGGUGCUGCUGUGCACCAACCACCUGCAGAAGGAGUUCAAGUCGCAGAAUCCGUACGACGUGGGUCUGGCCAUCAACUGUCUGGCUAACAUCGCCACCCCGGGCUUGUCGCGAGACCUCAUCAGCGACUUGGUGCAGCUCCUCGGGAACCACAAGCCCUACGUUCGCAAGAAGGCGCUGCUUGCGAUGUACAAGCUGUUCAUCAAGUACCCCCAGGGGCUCCGCCUGACGUUCGACCGCAUCAAGGAACGCCUCGAGGACUCCGACAGCAGCGUCGUCAGCUGCGCGGUUAACGUGAUCUGCGAGCUAGCGGACAAGAACCCCAAGAACUACCUAGCCAUGGCCCCGCAGUUCUUCCGGCUCCUCACCACCUCCUCGAACAACUGGAUGCUCAUCAAGGUGGUAAAGCUUUUGGGGUCGCUGGUGCCUGAGGAGCCGCGUCUAGCGAGAAAGCUGCUGGAACCCUUGGCGACUAUCAUUCAGAACACCGCGGCGAAGUCAUUGCUGUACGAGUGCAUCCACACGAUGACGCUGGCCCUGCCGUUCACUAGAAAAGCAGACGGGACGGAGAGCAAGGCCGUCCCGGCGGCGGUGCGGCUGUGCUCGGAGCACCUGAGGAAGUUCACGGAGGACCCGGACCAGAACCUCAAGUAUUUGGGAUUGGUGGGCUUCGUGAACCUGAUGCGAUCUCACCCCAGGGCAGUGGCGGAGCACCGUGCUUUGGUGCUGGCUUGCCUCUCGGAUGAUGACAUCACCAUCAGGACCAGGGCGCUGGAGCUUCUGACCGGCAUGGUCACGAAGCGGAACUUGGAGGACCUCGUGCUCAACCUUCUUCAGCACGUGGCGAGGGCGGAGGGCACCUACCGCGACGAGCUCAUCGCGAAGAUUAUCCUUGUGUGUUCCCGUGACAAGUACGCGUACCUGUCGAACUUCCGAUGGUACACGGGCGUGCUGAUAGACCUCAGUCGAGUCGAGGGCUCCAAGCACGGGGACGCUCUCGCGCUGCAGCUGACGGACGUGUCUCUCAGAGUGGAGGAGGUCCGAGAGUACGCCCUGCACAAGUCGGUCGGCCUUCUGCUCGAGCCCUCGCUCAUUUCGGGUCGGUCGUGUUGCACGAUGAAGCAAGUCUUGGGGGCGGCGGCGUGGAUAGUGGGGGAGUACUGCCGGCCGCACCUGGAGACCGUGGCGAGGAAUCACAGGAGAAGGCAGCGGGUGUGGUUUGACAUCAUGCAGGCGCUACUCGCGCCAGAGGCCAGCGCGCUCCCGCCCCGCACGCAGGCGGUUUACGUACAGAACGCCCUCAAGGUGCUAAUCGCCAUGUGCCAGGCGUGCCCGGACGAUGGGGAGCUUGGGCGAACGCUGGACAUGGUGCCCGGUCGCCUUCGAGCCCUCAUGCAGUCCCCGCAUAUGGAGGUGCAAGAAAGAGCCUCGACGGUGUACCACUUGCUGGUGUCGUACAGCAUCACCAAAGAAGCGGAGGACAGCGGGGAGGCGUUCCAGCCCGGGGAAGGGGGGACCGCGAAUGGUACCGGUGGUGGUGGGGGGUCGUCGUCGCCGGGGGGCGGUAGCGAUGACGACGAGAAGCUUGCGAAGGAGAUGAAGGGCAAGGGCGCCGUUAACGGCCAGGCAGCAGCUCCUCCGGUCGUGCUAGACCUCUUGGGGAUGGACCCAAGCCCAUCGGAUGGCGGUGCUGCUGGAGACGGCGGUGGCGCCGAAGCUGUUGCGAACGGCAAGGAAGGGACGGUGGCACCUGGUGCGAUGCUGACCUCGAUGGCGCUUGUUCCGUCCAUGAUGGGGCCAGUAGGGGCGGCGAGAGGGGCAGCCUCUGAGAUGGCCGCCUUGUGCGGAGAGGUGCUCAAGCCGGUGAACCAGCGGGCGCAAGGCAGGGUGCCGCCUCCGGACGACGUUGACCUCGAGCAAGCCGUUGACGGAUCGGCUCUCGACCGGCUGCUAAGGGUGGAGUACGACGGGCCCACAGAUCUGACGCAGCUGUCCUUCACUCAAGUCCGACUUCCUAAGAAGAGCGAGCACGAGGAGUACCGGGUGUUCGGCAGCGCCGAGAAGGACGGCCGGGGCAGCGGUAAGCGCGGCAAGAAGUCUUCCCGCAAGCAGAGCAAGAAGUCCUCCCGCAGCCGAAGCGGGUCCCCGGACAACCCGCUCAACGGCGGCGGCGGCGGCGGCGGCGGCAUGCUGAUGCUAGGGGGAGACGACCGGAGCUCGGCUACGACCGGGAGCGUUGGCGCCGGGUCCCCGCUGGCGAACGGAGGGAGGAGGAGGCCUUCGGCCGACGACAGCUUCGACGACGAUUUCGCCGGGGGGCCGAGGGGGUGGAGCAAGGGCCGGAAGGGGAAGAAGGACAAGGGGGGGAAGCGCGGGCGCGGAGCGGGGAGGGACGCGGCGUACGCGGUAGACAAGGUGGAGAUGAUGCCGGCUAGCGCAAUCAUCGACAGCGAAGACGAUGACGACGUCGACGAGCCCGCGGGAAGCGGGAGCCGCGGCGGCGGGCGGCGGCGGAUAUCGUCGCGAGGAGGGCGAGAGAGUUUGGCGGCGAUCGACAUCACGACCCCCCUCGAGGAAGACGAGGUCAUGCCCGAGGUCAAGCCGUACGUGCGCCUGACGGCGGAGAUGGCGAAAGGCAGCGAGGACGCCCCUCGCUCCAAGGACGCGAAGCAGAAAAAGAAGAAGAAGAACAGCAGAGAAGAGGAAGCAACUCCCCAAGGAGAGCGAAGCAGCAAGUCCCGGAAAGCCUCCUCCGACGCCAAGAGGAAGUCUUCGAGGAAAGGAGACACAGCCGCAGCGGCCUCGCCUGGCGCCGACGCCGAGGUCGACCUCAUCGGCUGGGGGGCGGGAGAAGCAGGGCCCGGGUUGGCGGCCGCAUCUCCGAAGGUCCCGCCGGUGGCGCCAGCCCCGGCGGGGACGGCGAUGAGAGCACCGCCCCCGGCGUCGAUGGGGACGUGGGAGAGCGAUCUGUCGGCGAUUUUGUCUGCUGAUGCUCCUCCGGUUGCCGCUGCACCGGUGACGGGGGUUUGGGGCAGUGGCGGUGGCGGUAGCGGUGCUGCUGCUGGUGCUGCUGGUGCUACGAACCAGCAGCUGCUGGAGGACCUGGGGGGGGUGGUGGUCGGUGCUAAGGGUGGUCGUCGAAGAAGCGAUAAAGACGACGCGGACUCUUCGAGGAAGGGCCACAAGGGCAAGUCGUCCAAGAAGAAGAGUUCCUCCUCUUCCAAGCCUUCCAGCAGGGACAAGAAGAAGAAGAGCAGAGGCUGA